AUGGAACUUAUCAUUUUGGCUUGUGCAUUUGCUGCGUAUCCGCUGGUUAUCUCUGGCGCUCCUACUUACACGGAGUCAGAAGAGACGCAACUCGCAAAGCAGUAUUCCGAAGACUAUCAAUAUUUGAGAGAGCCACGAUCAAAAAUUCCUCUGCAGUAUGUGACUCCUUGUGCCGCGGCAGCUGCGGCAGCAGCUGCACUUCAUCGCCCUUCCUACGUCUCACCCUACAAUUACAACAUGAAUAGGUUUCAACCAUCCCAAUACGGAUAUGGAGUCCCACAUUACAGGUCGGUGGAGGAACAAAUGGCAGAGCCUGAAAUGUUAUUAUUCUCUGAUACAGACCAAAUUCAACACGAUCAAGCUAUGAUGAUGGAUCACAACCCCAUGGCCAGGUUUGGUGCAGCUCUUCCACCUAUAUCACCUGUCAGUUCCGGAUAUGCACUAAACGGCCCGGCGCUCACGUCAGUAUCUGGUCCCGCUUAUGGUAUAUUCCCAAACGCCAACGUUGGAGGAUGUGACGUUCCCUUACUGUUUAGUUGCUCACCAUCGAUAUCUUCGGGACGUAUUGUUGAAUCACGAGGCCACAUUUCACCAGUGACAGGAAAUUCCUACAGAUUGGCAGAAGAACAACGUCACCUCGAGCAAUCUAUUCAGGAACCAUUAGAGUCACAAGAGAAGAUGGAAAAGCAGACGAAUCCUGUUCAUAAGACUAGCCACUUACAACAAACUCGCGCCUAG